AUGAAAGUCCCCCCCAGGCUCUUCCAUGGACUGAAGGAGGUAGACAGGGACAGAAGCGAUGAGAAGGCACACAUACGUGGGCCCCAGGUGGGCACAGGAGGGCCUGCUGGACACAGCAGCCCCACUCACAAACGGAGGCCCAAACCUGCCAGGGCCCUGAGGGGGCACCCAGGGGCCAGGAGAGGUUGCAGAAGGGACGAGGAGGGCAGAGAGCCAGCGAGGCGAGAGCUGCUACGGACCAGACCUGACAGGACUCGCGCACCCGUCGGAGUCGUGCACGCCGCCCACAAGAAUUACGGAGCACCUACUGUGUGCCGGACGCUGUUGAAGGACCAAAUUACAGCAGGAAGCAGAGCAGACCCAGCCCCUGCUCCCCCGGAACCGACCUUCCAGGACAGAGAAGAGAGAAGAAAGAACCACCUACGAAAGGGGACCGCUGCCAGCCCCAUUCCAGAGAUGAGGAAACUGAGGCUGAAGCGGGGAGGCCCAGCUAGAAGCAGUGACACCGGAGGAAGCCUCAGACCUGCCCGGCUCCAAGCCCACACUCGGCCCCUCCCUGAAGCCCCUGCUCUGUACGACAGCUGGGCUGGGGAGAGUAAGGCUCACAGCAGGAGCGGCGAGAGUGAAAUUCCAGAAAUCUCCAAGGAAGAAAAGGAGCGGAGAAGAGGAGAGAGGGAGGCGGCCGGGGAGGCUGGAGGUGGAGGGACAGGCGGACACGCUCUCGGGCCGCAGCGCGGGCACGCCAGCAAGGGGCUCCCGGCACGGCCGCCGCCGCUCUUGCGGUUUUUCUUAUUACAAAGUUAAU